CGUCAUAACCUCGUAGAAUCGCCAGUUGCCCUGUAACUUUAAAGUAGAUAAAUACCUUAUGUACUCAGGGUCCAACUCAAAUGAGAUUAUCCCAACCAUAUCUAAUCUUUCAACGUCCAUUAACUCUCAUCGAUAUAUCCAAGCUCCCUUUGACCCAAUUGACCCAUCCUCACUUAUACACAAUGGCUUCUCAUCACGUUCUCCUGCUUGGUGGCCACGGCAAAAUCGCCCAGCUUCUCACUCCUCUCCUCCUCAAGCGUUCGUGGACCGUAACCAGUGUCAUCCGGACUUCUGAACAGACCCCUGCCAUCGAAAAACUUGGUGCCGGCCUCCCCGGUAAACUCAAUGUUCUAGUACGUAGCAUUGAGGACGUCACAUCCCAGGAUAAGGCCUUGAGUAUCUUGAAUGAAGUCAAGCCCGACUAUAUUGCUUGGAGUGCUGGUGCUGGAGGUAAAGGUGGCGCAGAAAGAACUUUCAAGGUGGACCGAGAUGCCGCCGUUCAUUUUAUCAAUGCUACGGCAUCUGUACCUACCAUCACCAAGUUCCUUCUUAUCUCAUAUCUAGCCUCUCGUCGAUCUGGUGCUUCAUGGUGGCCUGCUGGGGAGUGGGAUGAGUAUAAUGAAAAGGUCAACAACGGCGUAUUGGCAAACUAUUACAAGGCCAAGAUCGAAGCCGAUGAGACCCUCUACAAGGUCUCCAAGAAGAGUCCUACUCUUGUUGGCAUCGAUCUGAGGCCCGGAACUCUGACUGAUGACCCAGCCACCAAAGUUGAGUUUGGCAAAACCAAAAGCAUCGCUAAGAACGGUGUUAGCCGCGAGGCUGUUGCUGAGGUUGCCUCACAUCUUCUCGCUGCCGAUGGCGUCAAGAACGGCUGGUAUGAUCUUCUCGAUGGCGACGAGGAUAUUCCAUCUGCUGUCGAAAGAGUUGUGCGCGAGAAUGUGGAUGCUGCUGAGGGCGAAGCCAUCUAUGAUGCGUGAAGGGUGUCUGCCUGCAAAGUUAUCACGGCCAUAUAAGAUUCAAGUCAUAAGGCAUUUUGAAUUCAUAAUGAUACAUCGCAGCUGAUGCGAUCCACUCUUAUACCCCGUUUUUAACACCCGGUGAUACAUGCCUGUGAAGGCGAAUUGUAAUGACAUGACAAGUUAUGUAACAUUUGUGCUUGCCUCAGACAAACGUGUGAAACACACCCUUUUUGACUCCAUCCAUAUAGUUUCUCUUACAUACAAAAUAAAUCAUGUCGAAACCGGCUUCUCGGUAUCCUCAACCGAGUAGGCACGUAGUUGUCGAGUUCGCUCAAAGGUGUUUCGAUAGCUUCCCUUGCUUGAACCAAGUCGGCUGUUGAGCCGGACCCCAUUUGCACAUUCUUCGGGCGCUCCGAACCAUUUGAACCUUAGACCACGCAUUUCCUCAUUGAAGGUCUUCCAGCUGGUAGUGAAGUAGAUCACGGCGUUCCAAACACCCUGUAAGGGAAGCACACAGCCACUGGCGACACUAAGGGGGAAGCUGAUCCUGUCGUGGUGCGUCAGGCUAUACAGCCGGUUGGCGGAGCUCGGGAUCCAAGUGAUCAACACAGCAAGACCGAAGAUGAAGCUUGUGCGCAAAUAUGCCAUCUUGACUGGAUCGAAUUGUCUGAGUUUCAUAGAAGCGUUAGAUUUGACGGCACGAAGUUUGGUUGUUACUGAGAAGGGUGGCUGGCGAGAACUGUCGGAGGUACAGAGUGUUUGGAAUCGUUGAGCUCUGCUGGAAGUCGAUGUUUCAAUAUGCUCGAAAGAACUAGGUAGGACCCAAGAGUUGAUACGCGGAGGCAUUGCGGCAAGAAGAGGACUUGGAAGUGUAGUCUCUUGUGGGGCUGCUGGCCUCGGCUCUUCUCGUGUAAUCUGAACUUCUGUGACUGCAGUACCAUAGAAGUCCUGACGAGGUGUGAGAUUCUGGGGACAAAAGUCAGCUUGGCCUGCCUCACUGGCAUCGGGCGGGGAGGCUACCGCUUCUGAGGAGCCUCUGUGCUCACUACUCGAAUAAGGAAUAUGAUCAUUCUUCUCGAUGUUGCCAAUAGCAUCCAUCACCAUAUGCCUGAUCUGAUUUCGAGUGUGGAAAACAUGGUACCCAACAGCAAUAUAGAUCAUGAUGGAGAGGAAUGAAAAUAUCCAGAUUGGGAUGUAGUAUGCGUAGAGGCGAACAAGACUCCAGUCAGUCCCGAUCCAACACCAGAGCUACAAAUUGUCAGUAUACGACCGAAAGAAGAGUGGCUAGAAACCACUUACUGUGGCGUCUCCAAAUAUGAGACCUUCAGAGGAGUUGCGGAUUGAUAUCAGAACAACUGCUGGAAUGAAAGGACCGCCGAAACAGAUCAGGCAGUAUAGCCAGGCAUACUUGCGAAACAUUCGAGGAUCGGCAUUGCAGAAGAACACGAGAAACACAUUGAUAGCCAUGGCAAGUGACCACCAAGGGUCAGACUGCAUGAACCUAGGGAACGAGAUUAGUGUUGAGCCAUAACCUGGGUUAAAUAUCAUACCAUUCAAAGAUGAAUGCCUGUGCCUGGCAAAGAUGCGAUCCCUCGCCCCUUUCAAGACCAUCAUAGCCGAUCAUAGAUGCAACACUCGCACCGGCAUUUGCGAUCGAGGCAAAGAUGAGAAACAAAUUCGGAGUUGUUCGAAUUUUCUUGAAAAGGCCGAAGGUUAGCAGCACCAGAAUGAUAGCGAUCAUAGAACAUCCUGCUCCGACUCGUUCGAUAGUGAUGAGAAUCUCGAUAUUCUCAGGUGACAAGGUCGGCCCUCGAUGAUGCUCAGGAUGGCCCUCCAUGUUGACUUUUGGUGAAGCCAAAGCCUUGGAGUUGAUGAUGCGAAGAAACGAGAUGGCCAAGCGCUCGCUCCGCAAGAGAAUGUGAGCAAGCACAAACCAGGGAAGGAGAAGAGGGGUAGAAGGAAAAGGGGAAGGAGAUGUUGCGAGCUCAACACGGUUGACUUACACACGGAAGGGGCGCUCGGAGACUGCGAUAGAGUUGGCAGUUGCCAUCAGUGUCAGGUUAAAGGUGGUGGCUUAGUUCCUUCCACAUUGAAUCAUGGGAGCGAAUACCUAGAUUAAGAGAUGGGAUGGUUACUCUCCGAUAGUGAACAAAUGUCUAAGAACCGAAUAAAGUCAAUGCUUUCUUUCUUUCUCUCUUUUUGUUUCAAUGUUAUUGUUACUUGUUAUGCA